AUGGGUUUUAGUAAAGUUGAGGAUUCGACAAAUAAUGGCGAGGUGGACCGUCCGUUGCAGCAGCAGAGUCCGACUUCGACAGCUGGAUUGAAUACGGAAGUGUCGAGUUCUCGGAAGCUGUAUCGAGAUGAGAAGACUCAACUCAGUGUCCGGCGGAAAUCCAAAUUAGCGGAAUAUGAAGCUGCGGUUUUGGGUAUUCUUAAGAGCGCAUCUCGAGAGAGCGAUGUCGUCAAGCAACUGAAGGACGUGCUGGACCGACAGAAUAGGCUGGUGGAGGAAGAGCGUUAUGAGGAAGCAUCCGAGCUCGACACUGAGGUGGCCGCUGCUAGGGAGGUCUUCGUGGAGCUCUGGCGGGGCAUGGCAGAGAGGGCGAAAGAGAUACAAUCGGUGGAGGCUGCUCUUAGAGCCCUUGAUGAGAAGUGGAAGGAGGCGACUGUUGGGAGGACUACUGCUGUUCGAGAGCAGCUAGCAGCAGUUAUGAGUAGUGGUAAGGAGGCUGGUGCCUCUGGUGAUGAUGAUGGGCGUCUACAGCUCCAACGGUCGGUGUUGGAGGCGGACAUGCGUACUCUUGAGGAGAUGAAGACAGCGAACGCAGCUGAGGAGGCGGAGGUGAAGGCAGCUCGAGAGGCGGUGGAGGAUGCUAUUAAAGAGGUCACUGGUCCGAUCGACGAGGAGAGGCAGCAGGUCGAUAAGCAGAGGAUUGAAGUAGAGGAGAGAAUAAGGAAGCUGCAAGAGGAAUUGGCUCAGUUGAAAACGACUAGAGAUGAGUGCAACGAGAAGCUGAGCCGGCUGGAUGGAGACAUAGUGGCGGCCCGGGGGAAGUUUCGACAUGAGCUUGACAAUGUGGAGGUGGCUGAGGAGAAGUUCGAUAAGAAAACCAAGGCUAUGGUGUUGAAGGAGGAGCUCAUAGAGCAGCAACGGAAGGCGAUCGAGCAAAGGGAAAAUGAAAUUCAUCAACGACGAGAAGAGGAUUUGGAGAAUCGUCGCGCGUUAGAGGAGGAGUUAGACGCUCUCGACACCUCACAUAAGGUCGCCGACCGAUGGCUGGCGUGUUGUGAUAAGCUGGGGUCUGCUGUGGAGGGUAGUGUUGGUGUUAUUGUCGAAGGUGCAGAGCUGAGGGCAAGUCUGAGGCGACAGGUUACUGAUGUUGCGGAGCAGCUGUCCACAUUGGACCUCGAGAUUGGCCGAAUUGAAGAGGAGAAGCAGCAGGCAGUCCGAUCACGGAGGUUCGGGGAGGCCAAGAACCUUUCGGCUGAGGGUAAAACUGUGGAAGAGUCGAUCGCGACCACCGAAGAGUCGAUACGUAAGCUGCGAGACCGAAGCACUGCAUUGCGCCAACAGCUUGAUGAGGCUCAAUCGAAGGAAGACGGCCUUCUUGAUGGCAGCACGGAUGUUACGGGAUGUGGAGAUGUACUUGAUGAGAUGGCCUUUGGUGUGAAGGCUCGGCUGCAUUAUGUAGGGGAGGUUGCUGAAGGGGAGGGGUUAAAGCCAGAGGCCGACAUGUUGGAAGCCUUGGACGCUGAAAUAGCGAAGCACCUGCCAUCAGAAGUUGGGGAGAAGCUGAGGGUGCAAAUGGCUGCCCUGGUGGACUCGGAUACACGAGCAGUGUCACCACAAGGUGGUGACACGGCCAAGCCGUCUGAGAGCUCAGAAGGAGAACCUCUGACUUCGGGUGAUGAUGUUGGUGCCACAGGAUCGGACAGCUGUGCACUGCAGUCGUCUGCCAACGAUGAUGUUGUGGAUACUGCUGAAAACGACGAGAAUUUUCGAAAGGAAACUGUCGAACUAGAACAUGAGGAGGUCCUGGCUACUCGUGAUGAUGUAUUGGACUCCGAGCUCGCUUCAUUAUCAUCGCAAGCCUCUGUGGAUACACCUCGUGGGGAAGAGACUACUGAGGAGAAGAGCGACGUUGUUGAGGCUGGUGAAGUUGAAGAACAGCAGUCUAAGUCGGAAUCGGUGGUGCAACCAUCAUCCACAGUUUCUGAGGAGGUCCGACCGUCUGAUGCUUGAGUCAUAUACAAUUGCUUGAACUUGUGUAUUAUGCAAACUCC